GAUCGUUAGAUGUUGAUCUCCAAACACUUAAACAUCUCCGUGGACCGUAAUAAAUAUUUUCAAACACGCGCACCAACGCGGAGGAAACGAAUCGACGAUUAUUCGCUUAAAGUUGUUUUGAUACGAAAGCGAAACGUCUGUGAUGAUUGAAAAAGAGGAUACGUAAACGUAACGUAACACGGUUGGAUCGAAGAUAUAAAGUUGGAUGCGACGUUCGGCGGAGAAAAGGGCGACUGUGAUUUUUGUUUACGCUUUUGCAUUUUAAAAUGAAAGAUACCAUUAACGGCAACGAUGAGUUUUGGGUAUUCGGAUACGGAUCCUUGUGCUGGCACCCAGGAUUCGAGUACAGAAAGAGCAUGGUAGGACACGUGAAGGGAUUCUCGAGGCGAUUUUGGCAGGGCAACACCACUCAUCGCGGCACAAUCGAAAAACCCGGACGCGUGGCCACGUUGGUGGAAGAAAAAGAGGGUAUCGUUCACGGACGGGCGUUUCAAGUUCACAGUAACGCGGCACUGCCAUAUUUAAAAAACCGCGAGUGCAAACUUGGGGGGUACAUCACCACGUCGUCAACGUUCUACAGCCGUGACGGGUACAAGAAAAUAUCCGUAAUCAUCUUCAUCGCCACCUGUAGAAACGAACACUGGCUGGGGGAGGCGCCGCUAAACAGCAUUGCCGCCCAAAUUUUCGAGUGCUCGGGUCCAAGUGGACACAACGUCGAGUAUCUUUUACGAUUAGCGGAAUUUAUGCAUCGUUAUUUGCCAGAGGCUCGCGACGAACAUCUGUUUACUUUGGAGUUGCUGGUGCGCUCGCGGAUAAAGGAGGAAAAUAUGUGUGUGAGGUUGCUGAUGGGUGACCGAGAUUUCAACAUAGACCUCGAUGACGAUGAGUUUGACGUAAGCGAUGAGGACUUUGAUGACGACAAUGACGCCAACAAUCCCAGAGAGAACACGUUCCAGUUCAACUUACGAGUACCUGACAAGACUUUACGCUGCCUUAAAAUAUAACGCGGGCACGUUUCGUUAAUACUUAUCGAAUACUUAGAUAUAAGGUAGAAACAAUUGCGCAAAGUUUAACGAGAUAAUGGCAGCAUACAGUCGAUGGAAAAGAAUAUAGGAAAUAUUUUGUAUUAUCUUUCGUUAAUAUUUAUGUCGAAGAGUGUUUAUUGCCUGAAAACAACGAACUGACUAGUAGGAAGAAAAGACUUGGUUUUCAGACGUGUUAUCUAUCGUAAAGAUUAUGUUUUAAGAAUAGAGAAACAUUUCGGCAGCUAAGUGUUGACUGAAUUAAAUAUAUCGUUACACGUGCCGCUUUUAUUUUCGGACGUGCUGGAUACUGCUCGUGGUGGCGAUCGACUAAAGCAGAAUCGUGCCUUGAUAUUAAUUUAUGGAAAGUAAUAGCACAAACGGUCGUUCCUAUUAUUAUUUUUUUUUUAGCUAUAAGGUGACGUAGGAUAUGAAAUUUUAUACAUCGACCCGCGAGAAAUCAAUGUAUGAAAGCGAAGCUGUAUGAAUACGAUGCCGUGUACGUGACUGUAUUAAACCAAUUUUAUCGAAAUUCAAGUAUUUGCAAUUCCAAAAAAUAUUGAUACAUGUAACCAUAUUGUUGUUAGCACCAUGGUUUCGGAUGGACCACAAAUUAAAUACUUUCUUUGUUAUAAA